UUUCAUGGUAGUAAAGUGAAAAUAAUCAAAACAAUCAAUAAAUAUUCUAUUUACGGGUUUAUUUUAUUUUUGUAGUUUCUAAGUAAAAAAGCUAGAUAAAUUAUUUUCUUGUCAAAUUUGUAAGAUCUUUAACAAGUGUUCAAUAGUACAUUUUUGUAGUAAUCAUUCCGCGUUUAUAAACGUGUAGGUAGUGAUUUUUACAUCACAUAGUCAUCAAAUUUGAUAAGUAAUAAUCAUGCAUGAGGCUUAUGAAGUGUCGUCGUUGUUAACUGUUACUGUACAAAUCGAAGCUAUAGCUGCUUAUGAUGGAAACUUACUCUUGGGGACAAGGCAAGGGCACUUGUUAAUGUAUUCAUUGUCAAAUACUAACAAUGGAAAUCAAAGUCAAGGAAAAUAUUCUUUGCAGCUGUUAAGAUAUUGUAAGAAUUUUAGCAAGAAACCUAUUCAACAAAUUGAUGUCAUACCAGAGAAAAAUCUGCUCCUCUGCCUGUCAGACAGUAUUCUCGCGACAUAUGAUAUCAAUGGAGUAAAUUUCCCUUUGAUUGAUACAUUUCAACAAACCAAGGGUGCUUCCCUUUUUGCCUUAGAUAAUAAGUCUACAACAUCAAUUACUGGAGAGUCUAACUCUGUAGUGAGGUUGUGUGUUGCUGUGAGGAGAAAGCUGCAGCUGUAUACUGGCAAGAAUGGGAAAUUUAAACAGCACCUUUUCGAUUUUACAAUGCCUGAUGUGCCCAAAGUUCUGGCUUGGGGUCAAGAGUACAUCUGUGUUGGAUUUAAAUCCGAGUAUACACUCUAUGACCUAUCCUCCGGCAAGGCCAAAGAAUUAUUUCCAGCAGGCAGUUCCAAAUCUUUAGAUCCCACUAUAGCAAAAUAUUCUGAGACAUCAUUUUUACUCGGCCGAGAUCAAACAUCGGUGCUGGUGGAAGAAGCUAAAGAUAUUGAAAUCAAAAAGACUAUCAAAUGGGCUGAACCACCCAUUGGUGUAGUGUGGGACGAGCCAUUUGUGUUAGGUUUACUACAAGAGCAAAUAGUAGUCCAAACUAUAGAACCGCCCCUUUUUAUACAAACCAUUUCUGAGCUAAAUAAAGCAAGACUGAUGUAUAGGUGUAAGCGAGGUUUGAUUUUUGUAUCUUCGGUUGGGCAGGUAUGGUGCCUUAGCUCCGUGGACAUCACCAAGCAAAGAAACCAGUUGCUGAAGGACAAACAGUUCCAAAUUGCUAUUGAUUUAACAAAUUUAUCGGAAUGUUCAAAAGAAGAGAAAGAAGCGUCGAUACAAUCCAUACUGUCCCUAUACGCGCACGAGCUGUUUGAUAUCAAAGAGUAUUCCAAAUCUAUGAAUGAGUUUUUAAAGCUCAACACAAACCCAGCGGAAGUGAUAGCGUUGUUUCCAGAUUUGGACGGGAAGUCAGAGUCCAAGCAUAAACUGAAGGGGAAAGAUUUGGAGAAUGCUUUGAAGGCGUUGAUUGAGUAUUUGCUAGUGUUGAGGAGACGUUUUGGCGGGAGUGCGAAGAUUGAAGAUGCCAGCGAAGACGGGAGCAAGAGGCUGUCGCAGGCGGGGGGGAGUAGGGAGGAGGCGGGGUCGGGGGCGGUGGUCAAUGUGCAGCAGCAGUUGGAGCUCAUUGAUACCACUUUGUUGAAGUGCUACUUGCAGACCAACGAUGCCUUCGUGGCGUCUCUUCUCCGCUUGAACAACUGUCGCCUGGAGGACGCGGAGAAGACGUUACUCCAACACGGCAAAUACAGCGAACUCAUCAUCCUGUACCAGACGAAGGGUCAGCACACUAAAGCGCUUCAGCUGCUGAGGGAGCAAGCGAAACAGCCGGAUUCCAGUUUGAAGGGAUACUCUAGAACUAAAAAUUAUUUACAGAAUCUUGGUGCUGAACACAUAAACCUAAUAUUCAAAUUCUCCGACUGGAUCCUCAAAGAACACCCAGAAGAAGGACUGAAAAUUUUUACAGAAGACAAAAUAGAAGUAGAGAAUCUGCCCCGUCCAAAAAUACUAGAUUUCCUACUCCGAGAGCAUGAGGCACUAGUCAUACCUUAUCUAGAACAUGUCAUACACACGUGGAAUGAUACUAAUUCAAUAUUCCAUGACGCGCUGAUUAGUAUGUAUCGAGAGAAAAUAACAACUAAAAAGGCAAACUUGACUGAAGAAGAAUUGCAGCACACGAAAUCGAAAUUGAUUUCGUUUUUGGAGAAAUCGAUACAUUAUACUCCCGAAAGGGUUAUUUUACAUUUUCCCAAUGAUGGCCUAUUUGAAGAAAGGGCUAUAAUUUUGGGGAAACUUGGCAGACACGAGCAAGCCCUCGCCAUUUAUGUCCAAAUUCUAGGCGACGUACAGCGUGCAAUACGAUACUGCGAGAACAUAUGCCUAAGCUCAAAGAAUAAGAAUCAAGACGUCUAUGUGAUUCUAAUGAAUAUAUUGGUGAAUCCGGAACAAAGUGGCGUCUUGAGUGGGCCUCUAGCGAAGGUGCCGCGACACCCCGACACGGCCAAACCGGAUCUUGAAACUGCUUUGAAUAUUCUAGAAAAACAUGGCGAUAAUAUUUCUGUGCUCAAGGCGCUGGCAGUGUUGCCCGACGCCGUGCCGCUGACGCGGCUGAAGAGUUUCCUGGAGUGCGCGCUGGACGGCCAGCUGGCGCUCAAGCGCCGCACCCAGGUGCUCAAGGGGCUGCUGUACGCUGAGCAUAUGCAGGUACAAGAGCAAAAGCAUCACCACGAAUCAAAGAGCGUGAUGAUCACAGACUACAACGUGUGUCCAGUUUGCAAGAAGCGUUUCGGCAAUCAGAGCGCCUUCGUGAGGUAUCCCAACGGAGACAUCGUACAUUACUCGUGUAGACUCGACAAGUAGUUAGCUAAGCAUCAGUAUACUAAAGUCUGAAAUACUUGAGGAAUCAAAUCAAAAUCAAAACAUUAAUUCAGAAAUUAGUCCUUCACGGGCGCUUUUUCACGUCAUAUUCUAAAUUAAAUGAUAUUUACCAACGCUACAAACUACUAAGUAAAACUAAAAAACUACAAAAAACUAAGGAAGAUUGUCAAACAGUGGUAAGAUGCUGUACAUUGGGUACAUUAUUUAUGUUUAGUUUCAAGUUAAUAUGAAUACUUAAAGUAGUCGAUAGUCGCGUCCAUUGUUACCCUGUAUAAACUAAACUUCACAAAUAAGCCAUACUAAAUGUGGCCUCCCGAGUUUCGCAAUUAAUGGCUCUGUCUACACCAUAAGAUAUAAAAACGUGAAACUGUAUCUUAUAAAAAGCUAACGAAUACUUGGUAAGUAUUUUCCAGUUUAAAUAUAUUUUUCUCUAAUCUAUUUUUGUAAUUUAUUUAACUUGAAAUAGCAAAAACAUAUUAGGUUAAACAAGAAUGUGUUAUUAUUGCCGGAUGGUUUUACAUCUGUACUUGGAAAUCAGAUUAGUAUCUAGUAGAUACUUUGUAGAUCUUCCAUAUAACUAGUAAAUACAUAAGUUGUAAAAAAUCUUUAAAUUGGCUAUUUGAUUGGGUGAGAAAUAAAACGCAUAAAGGUUAUGUAUUACAUACGUACGAUUUAUUUUUUUAUCCUCAUUAAAGUAGGUAUCUGAUAGGGUGGCUUUUGACACCGAAAAUCUCUGUCAAAUAAAUUACAAACUUAAUUUGUUUUUGACAUUAGAAAAUAUCUGUUUCUACCACAGAAUUAGUAGGUACUCCGUUGUAUUAAAUUAUUAUUAUUCAAUCCAUGGUUUCUACUGAAAAAUAGCAAGUUAAUUGUUCUGUAGCUUUUUAAUUGUUAUUAGGUAAAGGUAUUUUUCAAAUUCAGGUAGCCGCUCAUUAUAAAUGUUUGUAUUUUAGUUGAUAUUUUACAUGUAUGAGUAGCUAUGCGUAAAAUAUUUUGUAAUAAUUAAUUACUGUGUAUAAGCUGUGGCUUUGACAGUCGUUGUACAGGUGAAUUUGUAAAGAUAUAGACUGUGUGAUAUUCUCGUCUAGCUAUUCUGUGUAUACCUAAGUUAUAAUGAUUGUAAUCGAUGUAUAAAUGAACUAUUAUAGAAAAAUUAUUUGAAA